AUGCCUCGCCGUAUAGCCACUCACGCCAAUUCCUGGUACGUCGCUGACAAGCGUAAGCUUGACAAUCAGCUCAAUGCGUGGAUACAGAUAGCGGGUUCGGAGGACUGCGGAAUCCCAGAGUUUCCCGUCCCAAAUGCCAGGGUCAUUAUGGCGCCGUAAGCCCCCCAUAUUUUUCCGAUCCCUUCAACCCCUCGGCCUGUGUCAGCUUACUGACAAACUGCUGUCCGUGAACCGAUCGACUAACGUCUCAUUUUCUACCCAGACACGCUGGUUAUAGCUAUUCUGGCGCUACUGCUGGCUUCGCCUACAAGGCGUGGGACCUUUCUCAAGCGUAUAAAUGCCACGGCUGAAAUCCUGGUAGUUCAAUGAGCCGAGCUGAUUCUUCGCCAUUUUAGGACUCGGAUCUUUAUUUUGGGACCCGCCCACCAUGUUUACAUCAACGGCUGCAGUAUCUCUGCCUGCGACUCCUAUGAUACGCCUCUGGGAGAGCUAACCCCGGACUCCGAGCUUCUUCGAGAACUGGCGGAAACAGGAAAGUUCACCUGGCUCUCCCUGAAGGCAGAUGAGGAUGAGCACAGCAUCGAAAUGCACCUUCCGUAUAUCUACAAGGCCCUUGAGCGUGCCGGAAAAUCACACAAGGAUGUCAAAAUCGUCCCGAUUGUUGUCGGAAGCAUCUCGACCGCCCAGGAGAAAGCUUACGGGACACUUCUGAAGCCGUAUCUUGAGGAUCCCCGGAAUGCUUUCGUCAUUUCUACGGACUUUUGUCACUGGUAAAUAGAGGGCUCCCUUCGUCUCUGCUGAAACACCUUGCUCAAGCUUCUGUCGCAGGGGUGCACGUUUUUCAUACACGGGCUACUUCCGCGAACUGCCUACGCAUGACAACCCCAAUCCUGAGUUUAUCCACCUCAAGGAGCACGGCGUUCAGGCCAUCAAACACCCGCUUCAUAAGUCCAUUAGGGCUUUGGACCACGAAGGUAUGGCGGCCAUUGCUACAGGCAGGCAUAGUGAAUUUGUCUCCUAUCUAUCAGGGACCAGAAACACUAUCUGUGGAAGGCACCCUAUCGGGGUGAUGAUGGCUGCGGCCGAGCUUAUGUUUGGUGAAAACAAGGGGAGCAACUUGGGCAAGUUUAGGUACCUCUAUUACGCCCAGAGUGAGGCUCUCGAGGACAUUAAUGGGAGCAGUGUAAGCUACGUGAGCGGUUUUAUGGAGAUGCCAUGACUCCAUCUCUUGUCUGUUAUACCUUGACCUGUCCAUUUUGCUUUUUUUUCGGAGCGGAGCUGGGAUGCAGUUCAAUGGAUGGGGGCUAUUGUAGACGAAGCGUUCCUGAGGAUAUCUAGUUAGACUGGAAAUGAAUAUCCACCCUUGCUGCGUGCAUAAUGUGAGGUUGUAACACG